AUGGCUUCUCAAAUGAGUGGUAUACCAGGUGAAGGUUUCAUACCUAGUUACGGUUACGACAGUCAACCAUCACAAGGACCAAUACACUCUCAAAUGCCAGUACACGAAGGAAACCAUCCAAUGUAUAUGAACCCACCCAAACAAGAAAUGGACGCACCACAAAGGCCAUAUAGUUAUGUACCAAUGACUCCAAGUCCAUCAGUUCAACGAUCAAACGGCACAAACCCAAAUAACACAUCUCAAACGCCAAAUUCAGUAUCUGAUCGUAAAAGAAUUGACGGCCAUCCACCUCCUUUUACAACUUCAUCUUUUCCUUCAACGCCAUAUAAUAGUGCCACUCGAAAGAGAAGAUCUGACACUUUGGGUUUCCCUGGAGAUGCUGGCCCAUUCUUCUCGCCCACAAAGCAACACUAUAAUCUCUAUAGCAUGGAUCGAGCCAAUAGUUAUAAACUUCAUAUAAACUCAAAAGUUGAUCGUGGAUUCUUCUUGGCUGAUAGUGAUUGGACUUGCUACCGAAGGAAUUAUUUCCAAAUCAGCAGCGCAUUCUCCAUUACCCUGAACGGAGCGGCGCAUACGCUGAAUGAAUCCGAAGUACCAUGUCUAAUCGAAGUUGAUGGUCAAUUCCACACAGUUUCACAAUUCUUGCUUGGAAUCACCGCUCGUGUGUCUAAUAGUGAUAAAAAGAUCGAAUUGGUGCAACACACACCAAAACGUGAUAAAGGUCCUCAAAUGGUCCCAAUACCAAAACCAAUUAGAGCCGGUGGAAAUCUUAAUCUUAGCUCAGUUGGAUCAAAUUCAAAUAUCGUGACGUUUGAACGCAUUCAAUUCAAGACAGCCACCGCUAAUAAUGGUAAACGUCGGGCUGCUCAACAAUAUUAUGUAGUAUUGGUAGAUCUAUAUGCACAAGUAGAGAGUGGUGAGACUCACCGAGUAGCAACUUCUACCUCGGCUGCAUUAGUUGUACGUGGUCGUAGCCCUGGACAUUACGCGGAUAAUCAUGAACGUUAUAACCCGAUGGGCCCUGCUUUCCCCAGUGAUCGCAAUAUAUUUCAUAAUCCACAAAAUAAUGCACCAGGAGUGAUGCCAGGUGAUUAUGUUGGUUCAGCUUUCCCUCCAUAUGGCUCAUAUCCACAAUUCACUAGCUUUCCACCCGUGAACAAUCCAAGUAUGCGAAAUGAGGGGGGACUAUCAUUAAUAAUGGGUAGUACACCAAAUACUCCAACUACGCCUUUCCAUUCUCAACACUCGCAUCAACCUUACAUGGUGCCAAAUAUCAAUGAGGUCAAUUCAUCGGAAUCUUCAAAUUCCGACCUCUACCACAAUCCAAAUAUAGAACACAGCUCGCACGAUCAAAAGAUUCAGCAUAUACCUCCGCACCAUCAACAUCAUCAAUCUCAAGUUGGUAUGGAAAUGCAUAACGUGGAAGCUAAUUCCGCCCAUAAUUCCGCCUUCUCAUCAUAUGAGUCACGGCAUUUACCAACGGGCGCGAAUUCAAAUAAUUCAUCAUCAUCUGCAAAACAAUUUAUGAAGAUUCAAAUUCCACAAUCAUCUUCCGAUAUACCAGACCAUCCUUUAACUUCUCCCGGAUUCCAUUCUCAAGAAUACGUCGAAGGGUUCCAAAUGUAUAACGGUCAUAUCCCGAAUAAUGCAUCACACCAUCACGGUGGAUACCAUUCCGACAAUGAACAGCACCACGCUAAUGGAUAUCAACGGAACAGUCGAAGCUCACCAAACUUACCAGCCACUGGACGAUCUGAUAGUGUAUCUGGACCAUCAUCGCAAUCUAACGGACAUCAUGUAUCCUCAAGUCCUCAGAUGAAUAGCGGAGACCAUAAGACUGGAUCGAGUAAUCCAACAACUGGCUCGAAUGGUCGACUUGAUCAUCAUGGAUCGAAAUCACCUCCAUCAAAUUCGAGUAGUACAAAUUCUACCCCAACUUCAGAGUUGGGUAAAAGUCUUGGGCAACUUAAUAUGAAUUACCGUAUGGGCAAAUUGGAAGAAUCCGAUAAACUAUAG